UCCCGGCGGUGGAUCUCCGGCUCCGCACUCACACGCAGCGGCCCGGGACGGGACGGGAUGGAGUGCAGGGCUCCGCUUCAGCGGGACACUUUUAUUCUUUAAUAAAAAUAAAAAUGACCAGCAUGGUAACGAUGGUAACGGGGCUAGUUUGGAAGCGCGCGCCGCUGGAGUGAGAGAAUGUGAUUGGCUGCGGCGUGUUGUUUAGUGAAAUCGACGCGCUCCGGUUGUUUUUCUCCCUGCCACUCCGUUGCAAGGUGCACGUGCACGUCCGGUGUGUCCCGGUCGGAGAAAUGCGCGCGCACGCCGCCGCGGUUGGGUUCCUCCGCCUGUGCGCGCUCGCUGGGUGUGUGUGGUGUGUGUGUCGGGGAGAGGACGGGUCCUGCCAUGGAGCUUUCGAUUUAUACUUUGUGCUGGACAGGUCCGGCAGUGUUUCCACUAACUGGCAGGAGAUAUAUGAAUUUGUGGAGCAGCUAACCAAUCGCUUUGUAAGCCCGAAGAUGAGGGUUUCAUUUAUCGUGUUCUCUUCAAACGCAGAGAUCAUUCUCCCCCUCACCGGAGACAGGGCUGCUAUAGACACAGGUUUGGAGCGCUUGAGUAAAAUCAUACCUGCUGGUGACACCUACAUGCACGAGGGACUGAAAGAGGUUAUAGAGCAGAUGAAAGCUCAGAGCACAAGAGCAUCGAGCAUCAUCAUCGCCCUGACUGAUGGGAAACUGAGCGUGUACCCACAAGAGCUCGCAGUGCAGCAGGCUGAUCUGGCGAGACAGUAUGGAGCCCGUGUUUACUGUGUCGGAGUGACUGACUUCGAUGUCCUACAACUGGUUAAUAUUGCAGACAGCAGAGAUCAGGUGUUUCCUGUUCUGGAUGGAUUCCAGGCGCUCAAGUCGAUUGUGAAUUCUAUUUUACAGAAGUCCUGCGUAGAGAUCUUUAACGUCGAGCCUUCCAGUGUUUGUGUGAAUGAAUCCUAUAACAUUGUUCUAAGAGGGAGGGGCUUUACUCAGGGGCGGAGCUCAGAGGGCGUGGUCUGUACACUGUCUGUGAAUCAACAGGAAGCCUACAAUGAAAAGCCGAGCGUUGUGAAGGACACUUAUGUGCUGUGUCCGGCUCCACUGUUGACCGAAGUUGGACACUCAGUCGAAGUGCUGAUUAGCUUUAAUCACGGCCACUCCUUCAUUUCAAGUCCGAUCACGAUCCACGCCACCACGUGUUCCAGUGGCAUAGUGGUGGCUGUGGUUCUCCUGGUUCUGCUGCUGCUCGUGGCUCUGGUUCUGCUGUGGUGGUUCUGGCCGCUUUGCUGCACCGUGGUCAUUAAAGAUCCUCCGCCCUCUCGACCUCCUCCUCCUCCACCUCCUCCGCUCAUCGAGGAGGAAGACCCCCUACAGAAGAAGAAAUGGCCCACUGUGGAUGCGUCGUACUACGGAGGCCGAGGAGUCGGUGGGAUCAAACGCAUGGAGGUUCGCUGGGGAGGAAAAGGUUCCACUGAGGAAGGAGCGCGACUGGAGAAAGCCAAAAACGCUGUGGUCACAAUGCCUGAGGAGGAGGAACUGGAGGAAUCUGUUGUAAAACCUCCUCGCAGACCACCACCUCCACAUCCUCCUCCACCUCCAUCUAAAUGGUACACCCCGAUUAAGGGCCGUUUCGACGCUCUGGCAGCUUUGCUACGGCGACAGUACGACCGCGUCGCUGUCAUGAGACCAACAGCGCAUGACAAGGGUCGCUGCAUCAAGUUCACGAGGAUUCAGAGUUACUAGUUCAUUCACUGUGUGCCUUUUUAUUUUUUACACUAUUUUGUAUAAGCCGUGCUCUGCCUUUAGAUGACUGGACAUGAUUUUCUUCAGUAUGUUUGUGUGAUAUAAUUCUAUAUUACAGUCACGUUCUCAUUUUUCUCGAUCAGUUCUGCUGAUUUUAUGCACGUGUGCCUUGUGUUUGUGUAGUUUUACUACAGCAAGCACUACAACUAAUUAAUGUUUAUUAGUAAAAUGAGAACUCAUCUUUUUGUAGUUAGAUUUUUUAAAUGACAGAAACUACAAUCUUACAUGUCACCGUCCCAGACACGGUAAUCAUUCAUACACAGUAGAACUACACCAGAUGAUGCUCCAAUUUUAAAAAAAUAAACACUCACACUCUCUCUCUCUCUCUCUCUCUCUCUCUCUCUCUCUCUCUCUCUCUCCAGACCUUCACAACACUAAUCUCAUGUUUUUAAUCUGCCAGCACAUGCUAAGUAGCAUAAUUGCAUCUUUUGUUCACUGCUGAUUAAAGAGAAUAAAGUUUU